CACUCUCCAACGCACAUUCUCGUCUGCCCUCAGACACGCCGCGACACUUGCCUUGACACCCGCUCAGCGCUGAGCUGGUGUGCGUGGGCGUGCAAUCAUCUCUACACCAAAACAUUGCACUCCAGCAACGAGAAAAAAACAUUUGGUCUCUCCCUCCGCGGGACUGAAACAUCCUCCGUGUCUUUUGAGUGAUGUCUCAUUCUGUGUGAGGCUGCCGACGGGAGCACACGGGAGAAAAAGGAGCGCUCCGACUCCCAGCCCAGACCCCGACCCCGUCCCUAAAAAAGCAGCAGAUGUGACAGAAAAGGAGAGGCGGAGAGAAAGAAACACAAUCUUCCCCCACCCCUCCUUCCCUCAUCUGGGAGAACAAUACCCAGCCUCGAGUUGGAGAGGGUCAGCUUUUGUCCCUCUCCCCACGCUCCCGCUGAAGAGCUGAGAGCAGACAGACGCGCUGACACAUUGACCUGCUGCUGUGAGAGGAGAGGACGGUGCAAAACAGUCGCUGCACUUUGCACAGUUUGAUUCAGUACUUGGACAGCUCCUGAGCGACAACCAGCGCGGGUGUGUGUUUCCAUGAGUGUGUAGAUUCUAUUUUUUUGGUUUGGAGAACCAAGAAAGCACCAAUGCAGCCCCCGUGUUCGCUCCAGCUCGGCCUCAGUGGCCCCUCUCCAUCCCUGGGAUUGCAGAGCAGCACUGCCGGCUUCUAUCAGCUGGAAGAGAAGCAGCUCUUUGAGAAGUUUUGGAGGGGGACUUUCAAGGCUGUGGCCACCCCGAGACCGGAGAGCGUCAUCGUGGCCAGCAUCACCGCCCACAGGAGGGUGACCAACUUCGAAGCAGCAGCCUGCCAGCCGCUCAAGACUGAUGAGGGGAAAGCGACGGACAGCAGGGUGGACACCGCGGACAGGAAUGGCUGCAUCAAAGGAAAAGGACGCAAACACCACAUUCAUCGCAGGGCCAGGAGCCCCUCCUUUGAUGAGGAACUCUCCCCUCGACCCAAGGGGAAGAAGAAGAAGAGAAAGUCCGAGCGGAAGAGAAAAAGGAAAAGGUCUCCUUCCUACAGCCUGUCGCCGCUGAGGAAGAAGAAAAAGAAGAAGAAGAAGAGCUCCAAGAGAAGCAAGCGGCAUAGGUAUACCUCCAAAAAGUCAAAACACAGCUCUUCAAGUUUAAAACACAAGAGGAAGAAUGAGCGCAAGCACAAGAAAAGUUCACGGACUCACUCGCGGCGGAGGCGACGCUAUCGGAGGUCAGAGUCGGACAGUCCUUCUUACCAAUCUUCCACAGAGAACAGACACCAUCUGCAGAAGUCUGUGGUGCAUCAGGCAUUAGGAGACCUGGCAGCUGUAGUAGAGGAAACCAAUGGAGUGCUUGACCGCACGGACAUGAAGUGGAGACCUGCAACCAAAUCAGUGUGUAAAACGGCUCCAAAAUAUCGCUCCAUCCUCUCAACCGCCACCAUUUUGACAUCAAAACCCGGAAGCGAGCUUUUGCACGGAAAAGGGUCUCAGCAUUUAUCGAGCCAGACGGAAGGUCCGCACGAUUACGAUUCUGGGAAUGACACUUCUUCGCCGCCGUCAAGCAAAACUGGCGUUUUUCAGGCGAGUGUCACUGACAACAAGAGGAACCACUGUAAACGUCUGGCCUCGCCAGAGAAGCUGAAGUUCACUGACAGAGACAAUGCCUCUGAUUCAGGAAACUCUGUUACCAGCUACGCUUCCCUGUGCAAACCUUACGGGGAGGACGGCUUGUCUGCAACCCUUUUCAGUGGAAACGGCAAGAGAGAGCAGAUAACCUUGGGGUGUCGGGUAGAGGUUGUGAAAUCUCCAAAGACGUCCAGCUGUUCACGGAGGAUGAGAAAGUCGUCUCGAAGGCGACGGAAAACCCGGUCAUCAAGCAGCAGAAGCAGAUCCUCGGGGAGUUCCCGAUACUCCGGGCGCUAUUCUCGAAGCCUGUCGCUGUCAUCUUGCAGCUCAUACUCGCGCUCACCAAGUUAUUCAGCUAAUUUGAGGCGACGAGGCAGCGUGGCCAGCCUGAGCUCCAGAGGAAGCUACUCCAGAUACAGUGCUGACAGAUUACGAGACAGAAAGAGAACACAUAGCUCCAGAGAGGCAGAUGUGAAGCAUGCACAAAAGGUUAGUGGGAAGAGACAAAGACGCAAAUCCUACUCUCCUAUGAAGAAAAGGAGGAGAGACUCACCAAGCCAUCUGGAAGCACGCAGAAUCACAAGUGCCAGGAAGCGGCCGAUCCCUUACUUCCGACCCAGUCCUUCUUCCAGCAGUCGGUCCACCAGCGUGUCGUCCUGGAGCAGCAUCUUCACGCGCAGUCGCAGUCGCAGCCCAAUCCACAGCAUCAGGCGGAGCAGGAGCCGAAGCCAUAGCCACAGUUACUCCUCCUACAGGAGCUACAGCCGCAGUUCAUCCUGGAACUCAAUCUUUGGGAGCCGCAGUCGCAGCCGCAGUCGCUGUUCGUUGAAUAAACGCAACAAAACCAGGCAUUAAGUUUCUAAGAGCAAGUUAAGGGACUGAAGCUCCCGUCGUGUUUCCAUUUCAGAGCGGGGACAGUGUCUCCGUGCUCCGCUUUGACGCUUCUGUUGAAAUACCCCAGCAGGGGUCCGACCACGUCUUUCACUGACAGUCUCGCUCACUCGGAGACCACUGGAGACUGAAUGUCUUUUUGUCUCUUUGUUUUGUUCUUGUACUGCAUCCUCUUGCAUCAGCACUCACAAUGGCCUGAGACUGUUCAGAUAUUUACAAAAGACAUACAAAAGGCAACAGCGUUCCUGUAUUUGGUCGACACACGUCGUUCUUGUUUUUCUGUCCAUGCACUGAAUUAUUCUUUAUAAUGAAUGCUUUAAAAAUUAUUUAUCUAUCUAAAUAAUGCAUAAUAAGGUCUAAAGGUACCAUGAAGGGUUGAAAUUACGUAUAUAUGUAUGUGUGUGUAUAUAUAUAUAUAUAUAUAUAUAUAUAUAUAUACAUAUACAUUUAUAAUAUACAGUAUGUGUUGGCUAAUGCAAGAGCAGAUGCACCAGGUCAAUGUGUUAUAGUUUAUAGUUUCAUAAGACAUUGAGCAUUGACUGUCCCAUGUCAGGCCUGUAUGUUGUGGAUUUUAGUAUUGAGUAACUUUUGAGCCGUUUGAUCCGAGUGUUUACAAGCGGCUUCAGAGGGAUCGUUGUCGGGAAUAAGGAAAAGGUUUAUUGCCCUGAUCUCUGCACUUCUCGAGGUGGAGAACAAACGCGUUUCCUCUGAAAAAUGAAACGGCGAGGGUGGCCUGACGGCGAGCAAACUGCCUGUCAGCUCAAAUAUCAAAUUAAUUUAUCUUCUGAUCAAGUGGAAAACAAUUGAAAUGUCAGUCCAUAUAAUACAACAGAGAGCGAUUGAAACAUUGAGCUGGGGGGGGGGGGGGUUUCUUUUGACCGAUUCUUCACGGUGUCAAAGAGGUGUCUUCCUUUACAACUCAUGGAGAAUACAACAUAGUUCAUUUGUUUUGGGGGGGAAACUAUAAAGGUAAAUAUAUUGGACUUUUUUGGGAAGUUGUGCCACAUUUGGUUGCAGCAUGUCGUCAAUAAGCCUGAAUUUAUGAAUAGAAUUGAUUCUCAAUUUACUUGAAUAAUGUUUUCUUGCUACAACACUGGAGCCAAACAUAUAAGUCAACGGUGUUUUUGUUCUUGAGUUAUAGGACAACGUAGACAAGUUUUUUAACUGUGCAGCACCACCCAUAUUUAUUACUUAUUUAAUAUUUAUUGGUUUGUUGUCCCUCUCAGUAGUGGUCAAUCUUUCUAUGCAACACUGUCAAUUUAUAGUAAUUAUGACACUGCUGUAAUUUAUUUUUGGUUUGUUGUACAUUAUUCUUGGAUUUUGCCACCUUGCUCACACAUAAACCUCAAAGUAGAAGCAAAUGUUCUAAAGACGGACAAGCAGAAACUGGAAUGACCUUUAGUUUUGGGUGGGUUUUUUUAAGCGAAAGUUUGACAUUUUGGGAAAUAUGCUCAUCAGCUUUCUUACCCAGAGUUAAAUGAGAAGAUUGACACCACUCUCGUGUUUGUCUGUUGAAUAUGAAGCUACAGCCUGCUGCUGGAUAACUUAGCUGCAUAAAGACUUGAAAUGGGGAAUCAGCCAAAAGAUUAAUAAGAUCUGCCUCUGAAGCUCACUAACUAAAAUAUAUCUCAUGUGUUUAAUCCGUGUGAAAAUAACAAGUUGUGUUUAUGUUUAAAUGUUGUAACAAAAUCCUGAAAUCUCCACUGUUGGUCUGGAAACCUCACAGUCACUGCGCCCGCCCAAGAAAUAGUCCCUUGAAUAACCCCGCAUAACACCACGCCAUAUGAAUUUACACUUUAGUUUUUGUAUUGGUUAAACUCAGGAGAUAUAACUUGGUAUAUAGUGAUCUUUAGAAGGGCUGGUAGCAGGGUCGUCACGAGAACCAGCAAACUCAUUUCUACAGUGCUGCAGGUUCCGGUCAGGGCUCGAGUCUAAAGGCUUCCCGUUUUGAAUGCAUGUAUGUAAAGCUAUCGCUUAGCAAGUGAAAGACUGAACUGAGCACGGACGUGUUAAAUAAAAGAAAAAGAACAUUUAAGAAUUAGUUAACGUGAGCUGUUAGCAGCCGGUCGGCAGCACAGUCCUGUUUGGCUAAACAACAGAGCUAACAGCUCCAUCUAAUCAGUGAAAAUUAGUAUUGGGCAGAGGUCAAUUUUAAUGUUGUUAUGAUGCAUUCAAAUGUAAUCUUGUAAAAUGUAGUUUUUGACUUGAAACUUGAAUAAAUAUAGUUGUUUGAAGAUGUUUUCAAAUCAAUAUAAAAUAGAUGUUUCAAAUGGAAUUCUAAUCUGUUUAAUUUACUAACACUGGCUCUAAACAGCUAAUAAUACAUCAUUAAAACUACUAAUGUAAAGAACGUUUUUGAAUAUUUAAAUACAAAUACUACUAAAUUGCUGGUAUUGUGACAUCCCUAGCUGUUAGGUGGAGUUUUUACUUUCAGACAGAAUCAGACGAGCUGUUUAGCCUUGUUUCCUGUCUUUAUGCUAAGCUAUGCUAACUGGCUGCAGAUCAUAUCUUCAUAUUUACCGUGCAGACAUGAGAGUGGACUCAAUCUUCUCGUAUAACUGUCAGCAGGAAAGCCAAAAAGCAUAUUUUCCAAAAUGUCAAAAUAUUUCUUUAAAGUUCAUUUUGAGGCUGCUUUCACUCCAGAGUUUGAAUCCGCAAAGGACGUUUGAAACUGCCUUUCCAUAUAAUUAAAAAGAAAUCAUAAUUCUCAGUCAUUUCAAAUCCAUCAUCCUGUCUGUGCGACUGCUCGAGGCCUGACAGACUGCUCUCUAUGCACAUACUUCCAGCUUAUUUCCCUGAAUGUCAACUAAAUUGGAUGAAUGAGGGAAAUAUGACGCUGGAAGAGGAAGGUACUCUGCACAAAAGUCAUCCAUUGAUGAUGACGACUCGUGUCAACCGGCGUUGACGAAGUGCCGUUGGAAGAUUUGUGCAGUCAAGUUGAUAAACUUUCUCGAUGGGCACCCAGGCCACAACGGCCCUCUCCCCAUCUCACAAUGUAAAGUUCAGUUCUUGUGCAAGAACAUUUUGUAUAUGUGAUUACUGUGGUGUAAAUAUGUAUCUGCGUUGUAUAGAUUUAUUAUUUGAUUAACAGAAUGUGAUUUGGGCUUUGUUUGAUGUUAAAAUGUUGGUAUGGAUAUGAUGCAUUGACCAGUGGAAGAGGAAAAUAAGACAAAAUGCCCGUCAGGCAUCAAUCAAUGGACUCUAGAUGUCUUUGUGCUAAAGAUCCCUCUGAUCAUGUCUUUUUGUUAUUUUAAAACCCCAAUAACAAAGUCAUAUAGCAAUAGUGAUCCAGUGUUUCAGUGUUGAAUUAUGCAUACUCUCCCUGUUUUCCAUAUGAAAGAGCAUAUUGCAAAAAGAUGUUUUUCAUACUGUCACGUUUUAUCUUGUGUCAUUGGGAACUCCACAUUGUAAUAACGUGUCACCUGGAAAUUGAAUUGUCCCCAUGAAAUCAACUUUCCCUUUCACUGCGUGUUUAGAAUAAGCUCUAUAAAAUCAUGUUCUGAAUAAAAACGUCUUGUUUUAUGCUCUCAAAAAACACACUUAUUUACCCAAGUAAACACAAGCCACCUUCACAAAGUUGAUUUAGCUGUUUUGUUUUAUCCGUACUGUGACAUCAGUGUGUUGACCUGAAGCUCUGCG